GUGCGCAUGUGCGUUUCCCCACACGUGUGGUGAACGUUUGGACCUGCUGCAUGAAACACAUCUGAGAGAGUCGGUAGUGCUAAACUUAAAAGUAUUAAGUAAAGAAAACAACAGGCGUAUCGUUGCCCUUUUAAAUCCAAGUGAAAGAAGAUAAUCCUCCGUGAAGCAUUUCGCCGAGAGGGACGGAAUACCAGAAAAAAAUCUUCAAAAUGACUGAAGCCCAAGUGAACCCGAAGGCCUACCCGCUGGCCGACGCCACGCUGACCAAAACCAUCCUGGACCUGGUGCAACAAGCGUCCAACUACAAACAGCUGAGAAAGGGGGCCAAUGAAGCCACUAAAACCCUGAACAGAGGCAUCGCGGAGUUCAUCGUGAUGGCCGCUGAUGCUGAACCACUGGAGAUCAUCCUCCACCUGCCACUGCUCUGCGAGGACAAGAACGUCCCGUACGUGUUCGUCCGCUCCAAGCAGGCCUUGGGUCGGGCCUGUGGGGUGUCACGCCCCGUCAUCGCUACCUCAGUCACCAUAAAGGAGGGAUCUCAGCUCAAACCGCAGAUUCAGUCUGUCCAGAUGGCUAUUGAGAGACUGCUGGUGUGAUUUGUGUUGCACUGUUGAAGAAAGAAUUGCAGAAUGUUGUCGUACGUUUGAUAUAAAGGAGCAUGUUGUCCACGACAGAACAAUAUAGAUGUUGUAGUUUCCCUUUCCUUUUCUUUUUUACUUUUUAAGACUUUGAUUCCACUGAAUUGUUGCAGAUUGCAAUUCCAUCAACUGCUUCAUAAUAAAAGAUUUUUUAUUUAAA